CGUUUAUCCUCAUGGAAGUCCAGAGUUCAAUUGUGAAUUGACAGCUGCUAUGAAACCAUGUAGAGAUACAAAAACAGCCAUAGGCGUUUAUACGGCUGACUGUGCAACAGUGGUAUCACGGAAAAAGAGAUCCAUCUCGUAUAAUGAAAAAGCAGCCAGAAAAAAGAGAUCCACGUCUGAUUAUGAACCACCUUCUUAUCCUAUGGUUUCUGAAGAUAAGCCGUCAGUAACAAUUAUAGAAGAAUGGCAAAAUGGUUGGACGGAAGCAUCUGCUGGAGAACAUUGUACAUAUCAUUUUGAAAAGGCACCGGCUUUCAAUGUUUGUUCUGAAUAUGUUCCUUAUGUAGACAAAGCUCCAUUCAUCAAUGGCUGUAUCAAAGAUAUAAAGUCCACUGGUGGAGAUAGUUGGUUGAAAGUCACAAUAAGAAACUUUGCAAGUGUAUGUCUUCAAGAAUCGAAACGACUCGAAAUACUAACGGUCACUAAUAGUACAAAUUCUACUGGUGCAGACAAGCCAAUCGCUUCUAUUAUAGAAGAGUCGACAUGUCCAGAGGAUUGUUCUAACCAUGGACUAUGCAUAAAUGAAGAAUGUCAAUGCAACGAUGGCUAUUAUGGAGAAUCGUGUUCACUAACAACCUCCCAAGCACCUACAGUUAUUAAGAAUGCAUUUGAAGAUCUAUGUGAUUCAUCGAAGAAACUAUGCAGAACUUUUAUCGUUCCUGGAUAUGACUUCAUCGAUGGAGCAGGCCUUAUGUGCAAAUAUAUGUCCAUGUCUCUGAAAUCUAACGGUACAACAACAUUGCUUGUAGAGGGAGACACAUUUACUCAUCCUGGUACUUAUGCAAAUUCAUUUUUUAUGUACUGUAACUUGCCUGGAUCAAGGAAAAAAAGAUCUACUGAUUUUAAUAUAGUUGCCACAGGAUAUCGAAUCGCAGUUUCCAACAAUGGAGAAAAUUACACGGACCCGCUCAUUAGUAUCGUCUUUGACUCUACGUGCUAUGAAUGUAACACAACAACUCUGUCUUGUGAAAAAUUGACAACUUGUCCUAUUCAAGCUGAAAAGACUCCAGAAGAAUCAGAGACGAAAAUUUGGAUAAUUGUACCAGUAGUUGCAGCUGUUGUCAUUAUAUUGAUUGUUAUUGCUGUACUCAUCUUUAAAUGGAAACUAAAACCAAAACAGUCUUAUAUAAGAGAUUCAACAUUAAGCCUACCAAACACAACACAACAGAUUGCGCCAAACUCUCAUUUUCUGACAUCUGAACACAUAUUUCUAUCUGAACAAUUCCGAUCUGAAUCUGCAACUGACUUAAAUGAAUCAAAGUAUGGUUGGAAGUAGAUGACCUAAAUAACAGAUAGUGUAGUGCAAUUUGCACUAUUGCUGUAAUUUUACCCUAAUGAAUGUGCCAAAAUUAUUACAUUGAAUAUAAAUGUAUAUGUAUACUUUAUUGUAAAUGUCCGUGAUAUAAUAUAUUAUUUAAUACCAUUA